CUGUUUACGCAUAAGAAAGUUGUGUUUUGUACCCUAAAUCAAUAGCUUAUUUUACCAGACAUCAACCUUCGAUUGCACCAGUGACAUUUUCACGUAAAACGUCGCAACAAGGUGACAACUUUUCUGUAACCCUUGGAAGGAUAUGGAAAAGGGUCUGUUAGAGAAGGAGAGAGAGAGCGAUUCAGGCAUAAUAAGAUGGAGUAUGUUUGUUGAAGAGGUGAAAAGGGUCGGUUAUUUGGCAGGUCCUAUGGUUACCGUGACUUUGUCACAGUAUUUUCUACAAAUGAUAUCAUUGAUGAUGGUUGGUCACUUGGGUAAGCUUGCUCUCUCCAGCACAGCCAUUGCCAUCUCUAUCUGUGCUGUAUCUGGCUUCAGUGUCAUCUUUGGAAUGUCAUGUGCACUGGAAACUCAAUGUGGACAAGCAUAUGGAGCACAGCAAUACAGAAAAUUUGGUGUUCAAAUUUACACUGCAAUUGUCUCGCUUACUUUAUCUUGUCUUCCUCUGAGUCUUUUGUGGGUGUACUUGGGGAAGCUGCUCAUUAUACUUGGCCAAGACCCUUUGAUUUCACAAGAAGCUGGAAAAUUUGCUUUGUGCAUGAUCCCUGCUCUCUUUGCUUAUGCAGCACUUCAGACUUUGGUUCGAUUCUUCUUGAUGCAAAGCCUGAUCAGUCCCCUUUUCAUAAGUUCCUCCAUUACACUUUUCUUCCAUGUGGCUUUCAGUUGGUUAAUGGUUUUUAAAUCUGGACUCGGUAACUUAGGAGCAGCACUUUCUAUCAGCACUUCAUACUGGCUGAAUGUGAUUUUACUUGGAUUAUAUAUGAAAUUCUCUACUCAAUGUGAAAAGACUCGAGUCCCAAUUUCAAUGGAACUAUUCGAUGGGAUUGGAGAAUUCAUCCGUUAUGCCAUUCCUUCGGCUGGAAUGAUAUGCCUUGAAUGGUGGUCAUUUGAGCUAGUAAUCUUGCUUUCUGGUCUUCUACCAAAUCCAGAACUAGAAACUUCAGUCUUAUCCAUAUGUUUAAACAUCACCACAGCAAUCUACACUAUCCCAGAAUCAAUUGGCUCAGCUGCAAGCACUAGAAUUUCAAAUGCAUUAGGAGCUGGAAGUCCACAAUCCGCACGAGUGUGUGUUUAUGCUGCCAUGGCUCUUGCAACUUCCGAGGCCAUUCUGGUGAGCUCAAUCAUUUUUUCUUGCAGGCAGAUUUUGGGUUAUGUAUUUAGCAAUGAACAGGACGUGGCGGAUUAUGUCACAAAUAUGGCUUCUCUCUUGAGUCUUUCUAUUAUACUGGAUUCCUUGCAUGCUACCCUAUCAGGUAUUGCUAGAGGAUGUGGAUGGCAGCACUUAGGAGCAUAUGUAAACCUUGGAGCCUAUUAUGUUUUUGGAAUUCCAACUGCUGCUAUAUUGAGCUUCUGGUUUCAAUUAGGAGGAAAAGGGUUGUGGAUAGGAAUAAUCACUGGCGCAUUCUGUCAAACAGUUAUGUUAUCUCUCAUAACAACAUGUACAAACUGGGAAGAACAGGCAAUUAAAGCAAGGGAAAUGAUAUUUCAGGGAAGUUUUUCUGUAGAAGAUGUGUUGGUUUAAGCAAAUGGAUAAGAUUUUUUAAAGCUAAGCAUGUUUGGUUGCGGAAAAGGUCAAGUGGAACAAUAUUUUGUGACCUUUUUCUAACCCAAUUUUGGCAAAGGUUUUGUACCUUACGAAAAGUAAAAGUACCGUUUUGGAUUCAUAGCACAUUUUUUUCCAUUAACAUUUAAAUUUUAAAUUAAGA